CUGAAGGCGCGCCACGAUUUAAAGUGUCUUUCUGGCUGAGCCCGAGCCCGGUCGGUGCGGGUCCCCAGAGGGAUGAUGUCGGAGUAGUCUGCUGGAGCCAGGGCUCGGAGAGAAGGCUGCAACUCCCGACUGGUUUUUUACAGGGCUAACAAGAAUUUGGAAUUGGCCGCUGCUUUGAACUGGUGCAGAUAUGGGAAUUCAGGGUUUACUACAGUUCCUUAAGGAAGCCUCAGAGCCCAUCAAUGUGAAGAAAUACAAGGGUCAGACGGUGGCCGUGGACACGUACUGCUGGCUUCACAAAGGAGCCUUCGCCUGUGCUGAGAAACUAGCCAAAGGAGAACCAACCGACCAAUAUGUCACCUACUGUAUGAAGUUUGUGCACAUGCUGCUGUCACAUGGCGUCAGGCCGAUACUGGUGUUUGAUGGAUGCACUUUGCCUUCCAAGAAAGACGUAGAGAAGACCAGGAGAGAGAAGAGGCAGCUAAAUUUGCAAAAGGGGAAGCAGCUCCUGAGAGAAGGCAAGCUGUCGGAGGCCAGAGAUUGUUUCUCACGCGCUGUUAACAUCACUUCAAAGAUGGCGCAUGAGGUUAUUAAAGCUGCGCGCUCUGAAGGCAUCGAAUGCAUAGUCGCUCCCUAUGAGGCAGAUUCACAGCUGGCGUAUUUGAAUAGAAACGGAUUUGCCCAGGCGAUCAUUACCGAAGACUCUGAUCUUCUUGCUUUUGGUUGUAAAACGGUGAUUUUAAAAAUGGACAAAUUUGGAAAUGGUUUAGAAAUUGAUCAGAACCGAUUUGGCAUGUGUAAACAUCUCGGAGAUGUGUUCACAGAAGAGAAAUUCCGCUACAUGUGUAUCCUGUCCGGCUGCGACUACCUACCUUCUAUCCAUGGUAUUGGAUUAGCCAAAGCAAGUAAACUUCUGAAAAUUGCAAAUAAUCCAGAUAUUACUCAGGUUAUUAGGAAAAUUGGGCAGUAUCUGAAGACGAACAUAACUGUUCCUGAUGGCUACAUAGAGGGAUUUAUUCGUGCAGACAAUACGUUUUUAUACCAGUUAGUCUUUGAUUCCAUAAAAAAAAAACUGGUUCCGCUGAAUCCUUAUGAAAAUGGGAUAGACCCCAAGGAAUUGAGUUACGCAGGCCCUAACAUUGGGGAUUCAGUGGCUUAUCAAAUUGCACUUGGAAAUGUGAACGUCAACACAAUGGAAAAACUAGAUGACUACGAUCCUGAAGUUCCACAGUCUUCCAAGCAGAGCAGUUACAGCUGGAACAGCAACACCACAAUCCAAUCCAACAGCAUCUGGCCGAGAAAUUCUACUCACGAUAGAAAAAUUGAAGAGACACAAAAAGUUGGGGACAAGCCUAAGCCUAGGGGUUUACUAUUGCCCAGUAACAAGAACAAAGUGAAAAGACCUCAUGAAGGUGGGGCAUCCGAAUCCGAUCUCCUCAGUCAGUAUUCGUUUUCUCAGAGUAAGAAACCUAAAAUAGAAGGUGACGAUAAUUUAACAAAGCUAAAGAGUCCCCGUCUGAGUGCCGUACGGCCACCCGAUAAACUUGCAGUUAGCACAGAAUCUCAGCCCAGAGCCAGGAAUAAAUUUGCUGCACUUUCCCAAAGGAAAAAUGAAGAGUGCGGAUCAAUUUCCGUUCCCGGGACCAGAAGCAGGUUUUUCUGCAAGCCUUCUGAUCUGAUGACCUCAUCGGUGGACAUCUCCAAUGGUUGUGAGGCAUCUGGCGAAACGGCUCCAAACAUGAAACUAACAGAAUCCGGCAAUAAACCGUAUAACAUAGAGCAGAGUCCAUCUCCUGUGUCUGGAACCAGCGACAUGACCUCUUUCUCUGCCUCUCCGCUCCAAAGUCCCAGAAACUGUUUUAGCUGGUCGGGAAGAUUGUCCAAGGGCAGCAUAAAACCACCGGAUCUCUCCCCUUCUCUGCUGUCCCUCAAACGCUUUCAGAGAACUAAAAAUGUGUUUGAGCCGAAUUUGGAAAACAACAAGACCGAUUCAUCCAACAAACCUCAGGACAGUGGUGACCAGAUCGGUCAAGUCUUAACCUCCUCUGAAAAUAAAAGUAAAUUAACUGUGGCAGAAAUGGAAGACUCCUCCAGCUCCGAAGAUCUUGACAAGACUGAAGAAUCCAUUAGUGAUUUUAGUUUGAAAGUGUCUCCUGUGCAUCAAACUGCUUUCCCCGAGUCGAAGCCCAUCACAAAGAUUAAGGUGCCUGGACUGCUUAAACCCAAGACUGUGGAUGCACGUUCUGUUUCCAGACUGAAGCCAAUGGCACCUGCCAAAGCUAGUGGUCUGAGUAACAGAGCAAGACCUUCUCAAAACAACGAGAACAGGCCUGGACUGCAAACAACAACCAUCAAUGACCUGUGGAAAAACUUCAGUUUUAAGAAGCAUUAAAGGCACGUGCCAAGGACGCUGCUCUUCAACUUUUUGCCCUCUAGUUCGGAAUCCUAUUUGGUACAGCUUGGGGCUAAUUUUAUAAAACAUCUUUAUAUAUAAGGCCCUUGUUGUAAAAUUAGUACCUUUUUAGUAAUAAAGAUGAAAUAAUCUUGACUAUCAACUGUGAAAUGGAGUACGUGAGGGACAGAUGCCCAAAUGCAACAAAUAUUACAUCUUUUAUAUUUUUUUUACCUUUUGAAAACUGAAAAAUAUUGCUGCUUUUUGUCACUUUUUUUUUUUUUUAAAACAUUUUGUUGGUUUGAAUGUAUUUCUUGCAUCCUAAACUCCACGGUUGCAAUGUAUUGGUGAUUUUAAUGGCUGGG